AUGUGUCCCCCGGACAAAGUCGAUAAGCACGGCAAGAAAGGCGACACUCAUUCAAUACAUGCUAUUGCAACGCAUUUGAAAGAUCUGAAUGUGUUCGACAAGAAAAAAUCUCCUUCCGUUAUUCAUGGGCGUAAAGCAAGCACUUAUCUUCGAAUUUUCCAAGGCGAUGAGCUUGAAAAUGGUCCAGGACAUGCAGGUGCAAUGGCUAUCCCUGGGUCCAAUGAUCAUGAAACCGUCUCAUGGCGUGAAACUUUUGAAAAACCAGCUAUUGAUUCAACGACUAGUGCUUUUGGAAGCUUAAGCUCACCUUCAAUUCGUGCUAAACCUCCAAGGCGGCAUUCUUCGUCUAUUUAUGAUACUCUAUCGCGUAGACGACGCAAUUCAAGUCAUAUCGCGCCACAUGCGGUUGGCACGGCUCCUUCGUGUAAGAGGUCUUUCAAAUAUGCAAGUAAAAAGAGUUCUUCAAGACGUCCAUCGUAUUCGAGCUGUGCUGACGAGUUGCCGUUAUUGGACGGGAAGCAUUCUCGUAAGGCAUCUGGUGGACGAGGUACUACUCAAGAUGAAUCUCUGUCCAAAGAAGUCUCCCUUGAUGAAGAAAAUGGGGCUGUAGUUACCGACCAACCGCUUACACUCAAACCCAUUUCCUCGGCUACUUACUACCCGCAUAAGAGUGCUACCGACGAUAACAGAGAAUCAAGAGAACGUGCAAAUUCCUUCACAACUGCUCCAGCUUUGGAGUCCAAAGCGCAAAAGAAUCACGACUCACAUCCACCCCCUCUUCUACACCACACGAGUAUGCGCAGCAGUAGCAUAGGCAAAAGUGAUGAAAGUGAUACUGAUGCUGGUAGUGCAAUCGUGGAUCAAGAGUAUCCUCUUGCAGUAGAAUUGCAACCGUUUACGAACAAAGUGGGAGGACAUACUGCUAUUUUCAGAUUUUCUGAAAGAGCUGUUUGUAAAUCACUGGUAAAAAGGGAAAAUCAGUGGUAUGAGAACAUCGAACAACAACACAAGGAAUUAUUGAGGUUCAUGCCUCGCUAUAUCGGUGUUUUAAAUGUCAGGCAGCAUUUCGAUGACAAAGAGCAACCUUUGCAACAAAUGGUCCCUGGACAAACGAGGAAGCCCAUGAGCAAUGCUAGUGGAUCUCAGAGAAAUGAAGAAGAGCUGCAGUUAUCUAAAGUACAAUCACUCCCCGUCUCUAGUCUAAAACUGGAGCCCAAAUAUCCCGAGGUAGUCCUCAACGAUAAUAAACACAUAAUCCCCGACUCAUUGUGGUAUAAAUACUCCAAAUCUCCCGAUUCGGCACCUCCUGAUUCUAAUUAUGCCUCAAAUAGGCCAGGACUCGAAAGAAAUGCUACAAUGGAUUCGGGCUCCACAGUGGUGAAUACCAAACUGCAAGAGUUGGUACUGCAGGAGGUAUUUGCACCAGCCCGGCGAAAGAUAAGCGAACGGCUCUCCCAGAAGAUUAUCAAAGAAAAUCCUCGCAUAGCAUCUUUGUCUGCCGAACGUCCAGGAGUUAAGUCCUUGAGAAGAAAUUCCGAAGAGUCGACAUCUAAAGCACCCAUUUCAUCAUCUUUGGCUCUCAACAAGGCAAUAAAGAAGGGUAUCGUAAACGCUUUAGACUCACACAGUUCAGUGCUAGAUUUAAAGCAAUUCCAUAUGCGAAAGAUGGCACAAGAGAUGAUAGAUAACGAAAAAGUCAAAUCCAGUAUCAGCGAUUCUCGAAGGCCCUCAACUGAGCAACUCACAGACGAUGAAUUAUUCCCAAUGGAACACGACCCAGUACAUCAAGCAGAAGAAGGUCGUUCGAAUGAUUCCGUAUCCAUCGAGGAGAAUUCACACACGAUAGUUUCCAAGUUUAUCCUACUAGAGGAUCUUACUCGGAAAUUAAAUAAACCCUGUGUGCUGGACCUCAAGAUGGGUACACGGCAGUAUGGCGUGGACGCUAAAAAGACUAAGCAACUUUCGCAGCGCGAAAAAUGCCUGAAAACUACGUCAAGGAAACUGGGGGUUAGGAUAUGUGGUCUUAAGGUAUGGAAUAGCUCUUAUUAUAUCACUAGGGACAAGUAUUUUGGACGGCGUAUUAAAAUAGGCUGGCAAUUCGCACGUUUAUUGGCAAGAUUUCUUUACGAUGGUCAUCAGACAUCGAGCAUUUUGAAACAGAUUCCACGUCUGAUCACACAACUUGAUCAAUUGUAUGCAGAAGUGAGCAAACUCAAGGGUUAUCGAUUAUAUGGGUCUUCACUGCUUCUGAUGUACGAUGGGAACAAUCCACAUAAUAAACGCAGCCGUGUUAAGGUAAACUUAAUCGAUUUUGCGCAAUGUAUCACAAGCGCGGACAUGGCGUUGAGUUAUAAUACUUUCAGAGUACCUCCUAAGGCACCUGAAAUGGAAGAUCGUGGCUUUCUACGUGGAAUACGAAGUUUGAAAUUCUACCUUCAAACCAUUUGGAACCAUUUGACUAAUCACGCACCUAUUUACUUUGAUAACGAUCUAUCUGCUUUCCUUGAGAAGGAGAUGCAGAAUUUUGAUAGACCAUGGGAUUGGCUAGAUGAUUUCGAUAAAGAACAGGAAGGCGAGUUCAAUGCUACGGACAGUGAGCUGCGCAAAAAAUGGAGGAAAUAUGAAUUAAUUUUUGACGUUGAACCUCGUUACAUAGACGAUGAUGAAAUGAGUGAAUAA